AUGAAGACUCAGCGGGCGGCGACAAAGGCCGUUACGGUCAAGAAGCGCGGCAAAAACAAACCCAAGGGCGCCACCGCGUACAAGAUCGACAGCUUCAAGGCCCCCGACAGCCCAACCCUCGAGGAAAUCAAGCACGCCGUCGGUCUCCAGGAACUCGAGGAACGCGUCAAAGACGCCAAAGAGUCCGCAUGGGAAACCGACUCGCUACUGGAAGAUGCCAUCGCUGAGCUGGGCGAUGCGAAACUCUCUUCGGAUGAUCCUGAUAGCUGCACGCCUGACGAGGCCAUGGGUCUGCGCCACCAACUCAGAGCCCUCGGUCCCGCAGAAUUCUGUAGAAGAACCGUCGAUGCCGGCCGCUACACGGCCAAGAAGCUGCUGUCGGCUUUUGGCCUCAAGCCGCCCGCCUUCCUUGAGGGCGCCGAAGAUGAAGCCUACUUCAGCCUCUUGUCGCUGGCCAUCAGCAGAGAGCUGUCCAAGCGCGCCAAGCUGUUCCGCUACAACACGGUUGACGACGCCGUGGAGUUGCUGCAGCGGAGCAAGAACAUCAUCGUCCUCACCGGCGCUGGCAUCUCGACCUCGCUCGGCAUCCCCGACUUCCGCUCAAAGGGCGGUCUCUACUCACAGCUCGAGCACCUAGGACUGAAUGAUCCACAAGAGGUGUUUGACAUUUCCGUCUUUAAGCAAGACCCAACCAUCUUCUACACCGUCGCCAAGGACAUCCUGCCCUCCACCAACCGCUUCACGCCGACUCAUGCUUUCAUCUCGAUGCUUGAGAAACAGGGCAAGCUGCUUACCAACUACACGCAAAACAUUGACAACCUCGAAGCCAAGGCAGGCAUCUCUGCCGAUAAGCUCAUUCAAUGCCAUGGCUCCUUCGCGACCGCCACGUGUGUCCAAUGCGGUUUCAAGUGCGUCGGCGACGAAAUCUUCCCAGACAUCAAGGCGGGCAAGAUCCCGCGCUGCCCGCGCUGCAUCCAGAACCUCCGCCCCAACGGCAGCACGAAGCGCAAGAGGUCAGCGGGCACGGAGCGCAAGCGCCGCAGGUUCAGCUCCGACGACUCGGUGUCGGACGGCGAAUACGACAUUCCCAGUGUGGGCGUCAUGAAGCCGGAUAUCACCUUCUUCGGCGAGGCGUUGCCCGACGAGUUUAGCAGACGCCUGACGGAGCACGACCGUGACAAGGCGGACCUCGUCAUUGUCAUCGGCACGAGUCUGAAGGUGACGCCAGUGUCUGAAAUAGUGAGCUGGCUGCCGGCCAACAUCCCUCAGAUCUACAUUUCGCGACAGGCUGUCAACCACAUCAACUUCGACAUCGACCUGCUCGGCGACUGCGACGUCGUUGUCUCGGAGCUGUGCCGCCGCGCCGGCUGGCCGCUGAAGCACGAGAUGGUCCCCGAGAACCAGAUCGUCGACGUCAGGCCCGACGGUGGAUGUGUCAGCAGACACGUCUUCGAGGUUGUCAACAAUCGACCUCAGCCCAAAGAGCCGCAAGAAUCUCAGCAGCAGCCGCAGCCUAAGCAGCAACGAGGUGUCAAGACUGAGCCCGGUACUGUGAAGCCCAAGAACGAGCCCAGAAAGCCUAGGAAAUCUGGCUGA